GGCGGCCUGAGUUUGGGGCGCCUCGUGUGACCGCGCGCCCCUCCUCCGGGCCUGAGUCACGGUGCCGCCGGAGUCCCCACGCGAGGAUGCUGCGGUGAGCGCGGCCGGGACGCCGCGUCGGGCUCUCGGCCGCCCAGCGGCGCCGCAGGGGAAGCCAGGCCGGCAGCCGCGCGCUCCCCAGCCGGCCACCAAUCCCGCCCUCCCCGGCUCCUCCGGACCUCCUCGGCGGGCGGCGGCGGGGCCUGCCUGUGCGCUCUGCGCCCGCCCGCGCCUACCCUCCAUGGCGUUUAUCCGGAAGAAGCAGCAGGAGCAGCAGCUGCAGCUCUACUCCAAGGAGAGAUUUUCCUUGCUGCUGCUUAACUUGGAGGAGUACUACUUUGAACAGCAUAGAGCCAAUCACAUUUUGCACAAGGGCAGUCACCAUGAAAGGAAAAUCAGAGGCUCCUUAAAAAUAUGUUCAAAAUCGGUGAUUUUUGAACCAGAUUCAAUAUCCCAGCCCAUCAUCAAGAUUCCUUUGAGAGACUGUAUAAAAAUAGGAAAGCAUGGAGAAAAUGGAGCCAAUAGACACUUCACAAAGGCAAAAUCUGGGGGUAUUUCACUCAUUUUCAGUCAGGUAUAUUUCAUUAAAGAACAUAAUGUUGUUGCACCAUAUAAAAUAGAAAGGGGCAAAAUGGAAUAUGUUUUUGAAUUGGAUGUUCCCGGGAAAGUGGAAGAUGUUGUGGAGACGUUGCUUCAGCUUCACAGAGCAUCCUGCCUUGACAAAUUGGGUGACCAAACCGCCAUGAUAACAGCUAUUUUGCAGUCUCGUUUAGCUAGAACAUCAUUUGACAAAAACAGGUUCCAAAACAUUUCUGAAAAGCUGCACAUGGAAUGCAAAGCAGAAAUGGUGACGCCUCUGGUGACUAAUCCUGGACACGUGUGCAUCACGGACACAAACCUGUAUUUUCAGCCCCUCAACGGCUACCCGAAACCUGUGGUCCAGAUAACACUCCAAGAUGUCCGCCGCAUCUACAAAAGGAGGCACGGACUCAUGCCUCUGGGCUUGGAAGUAUUUUGCACAGAAGAUGAUCUGUGUUCCGACAUCUACCUAAAGUUCUAUGAACCUCAAGAUAGAGAUGAUCUCUAUUUUUACAUUGCCACAUACCUAGAGCACCAUGUGGCGGAGCACACUGCUGAGAGCUACAUGCUGCAGUGGCAGCGUGGACACCUUUCCAACUAUCAGUACCUCCUUCACCUCAACAACCUGGCCGACCGCAGCUGCAACGACCUCUCCCAGUACCCUGUGUUUCCAUGGAUAAUACAUGAUUAUUCCAGCUCAGAACUAGAUUUGUCAAAUCCAGGAACCUUCCGGGAUCUCAGUAAGCCAGUGGGGGCCCUAAAUAAGGAACGGCUGGAGAGACUACUGACACGCUACCAGGAAAUGCCUGAACCAAAGUUCAUGUAUGGGAGUCACUACUCUUCCCCGGGUUAUGUACUUUUUUAUCUUGUUAGGAUUGCACCAGAGUAUAUGCUGUGCCUGCAGAAUGGAAGAUUUGAUAAUGCAGAUAGAAUGUUCAACAGUAUUGCAGAAACUUGGAAAAACUGUCUGGAUGGUGCAACGGAUUUUAAAGAGUUAAUUCCAGAAUUCUAUGGUGAUGAUGUGAGCUUUCUAGUCAAUAGCCUGAAGUUGGAUUUGGGAAAGAGACAAGGAGGACAGAUGGUUGACGAUGUGGAGCUUCCCCCUUGGGCUUCCAGUCCCGAGGACUUUCUCCAGAAGAGCAAAGAUGCAUUGGAAAGCAAUUAUGUGUCUGAACACCUUCACGAGUGGAUUGAUCUAAUAUUUGGCUACAAACAAAAAGGGAGUGAUGCAGUUGGGGCCCAUAAUGUAUUUCAUCCCCUGACCUAUGAAGGAGGUGUAGACUUGAACAGCAUCCAGGAUCCUGAUGAGAAGGUAGCCAUGCUUACGCAAAUCUUGGAAUUUGGGCAGACACCAAAACAACUAUUUGUGACACCACAUCCUCGAAGGAUCACCCCGAAGUUUAAAAGUUUGUCCCAGACCUCCAGUUAUAAUGCUUCUAUGGCAGAUUCCCCAGUCUCUCCAGGUGAAGAGUCUUUUGAAGACCUGACCGAAGAAAGCAAAACACUGGCCUGGAAUAACAUCACCAAACUGCAGUUACACGAGCACUAUAAAAUCCACAAAGAAGCAGUUACUGGAAUCACGGUCUCUCGCAAUGGAUCUUCAGUAUUCACAACAUCCCAAGAUUCCACCUUGAAGAUGUUUUCUAAAGAAUCAAAAAUGCUACAAAGAAGUAUAUCAUUUUCAAAUAUGGCUUUAUCGUCUUGUUUACUUUUACCAGGAGAUGCCACUGUCAUAACUUCUUCAUGGGAUAAUAAUGUCUAUUUUUAUUCCAUAGCAUUUGGAAGACGCCAGGACACGUUAAUGGGACAUGAUGAUGCUGUUAGUAAGAUCUGUUGGCAUGACAACAGGCUAUAUUCUGCAUCGUGGGACUCUACAGUGAAGGUGUGGUCUGGUGUUCCUGCAGAGAUGCCAGGCACCAAAAGACACCACUUUGACUUGCUGGCCGAGCUGGAACAUGAUGUCAGUGUAGAUACAAUCAGUUUAAAUGCUGCAAGCACACUGUUAGUUUCUGGCACCAAAGAAGGCACAGUGAAUAUUUGGGACCUCACAACGGCCACCUUAAUGCACCAGAUUCCAUGCCAUUCAGGGAUUGUAUGUGACACUGCUUUUAGCCCAGAUAGUCGCCAUGUCCUCAGCACAGGAGCAGAUGGCUGUCUUAAUGUCAUUGAUGUGCAGACAGGAAUGCUCAUCUCCUCCAUGACAUCAGAUGAGCCCCAGAGGUGCUUUGUCUGGGAUGGAAAUUCUGUUUUAUCUGGCAGUCAGUCUGGUGAACUGCUCAUUUGGGACCUCCUUGGAGCAAAAAUCAGUGAGAGAAUACAGGGCCACACAGGUGCUGUGACAUGUAUAUGGAUGAAUGAACAGUGUAGCAGUAUCAUCACAGGAGGGGAAGACAGACAAAUUAUAUUCUGGAAAUUGCAGUAUUAAGUGCCUUUUCCUCUCCUGAAUAUUAAAUUGAACUCUAUUUAAUGCAUUUUUAAACCAAACUUUUAAACGGACUGGUGAAUGUGCAAUGUUAGUAAUUAGAAGUUUUACCACAUGGAAAAUUUGUGGUUUUAAACUUUCUAAAUCAUGGUGACUUCAUUGAAAGCCAUUAGUUGCCAUUCUCUUAGGGCAGAUAAAAUGUGGCAGUGUUAGGAAAAACAUGUUACACUGUAAGGCAGAUGAUCGUCCCCGUAUGAUGAUUGUCAGAAGACAGGACUAAGUAGCAGAGAAUAGCUAAGAGAUAAAUUGGGCUGGGAAACUUGUCAGAAAGCACUGAACAAUUAAGAAAUUUUCCAAGAAAAUGUGCAGUAUUCUCUGCUACUUCUGAAUCUGUUUUGUCUUCCUAAUCUAUCACAAUUGCCACCCAUCGGGUUUUGGGUGUGUGUUUUCAUAGCGUGGUUACUUUCUAUAAUGCUGUACCCAGAUUCUAAGAACCUGGAGAAGGAUUAGCAGUUCUUAUAACAGUAAGUUUACUGUGUAUAGGAACGGUUUGUAUUUCAUUACAGCUAUUCAUCUUUUCUACAUUAAAAAUAUUUUUCUCUAAAGAAAGCUGUUUUCAUUUUAUUUAAGUCACUUAAAAGACUAGUGUUUUUAAGACCACAAGUCUAGAAUCAUCUUCUAGAAAACCAUAUUUAGUGAUAUGAAUGUAAUUCCAUUAUUUUGAAAUUAUCUUCAGACUCAGGUAGAUAAUCAAAUAUUUUUUUCUCUUCUAAAUUUCAAACAAGGUAAGCUGUAUAGCAGUAGCAGAUUUCCUUUUAUAUUCAACCUCUGAACCAUGGUAAGUGUGUGACUUAUUAUUUUUUCUAUACUCUUUAAAAACAUUGUUGUAUCUUGCAGGUAGUAUGACAUAGGAGAAAAAACUUGAGUCAGACCACACUAAUAGAAUUUCCAAAGUCAGUUUCAAGUGUUAUUAAAUAUUACCUGGUCUCAGGUAUUGCUAGGGACAAUCAGUAGCCUCAAUGAGUUCCUGCUGCAUGGCAGGUGUGAACCAGCUCUUUUGGCCCUGGUAAUCUGGGGUUCCCAGCUGGAAGCAAUUUUCCUGACACUCAGUCUCAGCACUGAGAGCUGUUCUUAGGGCCCCUGAAUGUCAGCUUGUUCUGGGAGAUGAUGUCUCCCACAGCUGAAAGUGAAUUUCACCUGCCUGCCUUCUAGAUCAUGCAUAAGUUUGGUGAAAGCAAAUGAUGCAGUAAUAGACAGACUAAAAUGUAACUUUAUUUAUACAUAUUUAAUUAGAAUAGACAUAAACCAAAAAGAAGAAAAAAAUCAGGAUAAAGUGUCAACUAUCAUUUUGUUUGCAAGGAGUCAGGAAAAGGAACAAGUUAUCAGAAAAAUAUUCUAAGACCACCCCAAAGUAGCUAGGUUACAUAAUCUUAAGAGUCAAAUGCCAAAAUUAAGUAUUAUACCACUUAAUCCACAAAUGAACAAAAGGGGAGUCAAAAGUUUAUCCUGUUUAGUGUAAUAACUUUUACAUCACAUAUAGUGAUUCGCUUCUUAAAAGUGGCACUGGCAACUUUUAGAAGAAAGAAGUUUCCAUUAUGUGUUGACUAAAAAAUCUCAAAAACAACUAAGCAGCUAUGCUAUAGCUCAGUAAGUACCAUUAAACUGUUCUGGGCUAGUGUACAUUUCAGGUUAAUAGAGAACUACAUUUUGGGUUUUAGAAAGGCAGCAAUAAUUAUAUUUUGGCUUUUAGUCUAGAUGCUUAACAUAGUUAAGGCGACAGUUCAAGCAUAUUAAGUGAAGGUAGUUAAAAUUUAAGAAUCAUCACAAUCUCUUGAAACCUACAUACACUGUUUAAUGCUUACAUGGAAUGAAACCAGUGUUCUUAAUUGGCAUUUUACACACACACACACACACACACACACACACACA